AUGGUCCGCUAUCGCCGUCUCCGGCUGAGAGCGAAAUGGCCGAAUCCUAUUAAUGUGACUCUUGGAACUCAUUCACGAACAGAAAAAGAACCAACAAGACAGGAAUUUCAAGUGAAGACUGCUGUUCCUCAUCCUAACUUUACUUAUUAUACAUAUGAGAAUGAUAUAAUGCUUCUUAAGCUGAAUGCAAGUGCAACGUUGAACAAAUAUGUUUCACUCCUUCCACUUCCCAAACAUGGAGAAGAUGUCAAAGCAGGAACCCACUGCAGUGUUGCUGGAUGGGGUGCUACUGACUUUGGUAAAGAUCGAGAAGACAAGAUGAGAGAAACAAAUGUUACCGUUAUAGACAGAAAUGUGUGCAACCGCCCCAGCUACUAUGGAAAAAUAAAAAUAACAAAACACAUGCUGUGUGCAGGUGAUCCAAAUGGAGAAGAAGACACCUGUCAGGGAGAUUCAGGAGGCCCAUUACUGUGCAAUGGGACCUACAGAGGAAUUGUCUCCUUUGCUAAAGGUUGUGGGCUGCCUAAAAAACCAGGUGUCUACACGCUCCUUUCAGAAGAGUAUCUCACAUGGAUACAUGAAGUAAUUAUCCAUCCAUCCAUUCUCUAACCAGCUGAAUCCGAAUAGGGUCACGGGGGUCUGCUGGAGCCAAUCCCAG